GACCCCGCAUUCACUAUAUCCGCUCUCCCCGGACCCCGCAUUCACUAUAUCCGCUCUCCCCGGACCCCGCAUUCACUAUAUCCGCUCUCCCCAGACCCCGCAUUCACUAUAUCCGCUCUCCCCGGACCCCGCAUUCACUAUAUCCGCUCUCCCCGGACCCCGCAUUCACUAUAUCCGCUCUCCCCGGACCCCGCAUUCACUAUACCCGCUCUCCCUGGACCCCGCAUUCACUAUAUCCGCUCUCCCCCGGACCCUGCAUUCACUAUAUCCGCUCUCCCCGGACCCCGCAUUCACUAUAUCUGGUCUCCCCAC